UACAUCAGUCGGUCUCCGUUUUCACUCGACGCAUGUUUCCAUGCGAUCUGCAUUUCUGCUUAGUUUUCUAGGUGUACAUGAGAACUUUCUCAAUAGCGACGCGAGUGACCCUACAUUAUAUUCUUCACAGGUCACACGUCUUAGCCGCUUUGUUCACCUUAGGACGGUAAUAUCCGGAACUACCACAAUUUAGAAAGAAAUACCGUCGUCAUUACAUCAGAGGGAAUUAUGUUUCAUUAAUAAACAGUCGUUAUAGCAGAGCAGACCUUCAUUCUCCAAACAAAUCUUUUAUAUCCUUGUGUAUGUUCCCGAUAAAGAGUCAUUGUUUAUUGAAAACACAGUGUUCCACUGAGCAAUGAAUAUUGCCGACCUAAUUCCAAUCGAUCUUAGUAACGAUCGCGACUACACGUCGACCAGCAAUUCUUCCUUGGACGUUGAGGUGGAUACCAGCAGUGAACAACAGCCGGUUUAUCAGCAAAAGAUGCAUACCCUGACUAGUCGUCAUAGUUUACCUUCAACUAGUGCAGUGAUCGCAAGCAGUCCUAACGAAACGACACGUGUUUUGCGCUCGUCCAGCCGCACCCACUAUGCGGAUCCAAUUCCGGAGAGUGUCCUGAAGUUGACUACGCUUCCCCCUUCAGCGCCGGAUUCACUUCUACAGCUUCGUCACGGUAACAGUGCAUCGUCCGUUCUUUCACUCAAUUAUGCCAAAGCAAGUGCAACCGAUUGUGAUCGAAAUAAUGGUGCAAAUCAGUAUCAAACUGUAGAUAUCAAUGUGGAAAACUAUGGCAUCGCUCCCACCUCUAACAGCGGAAACUUUUAUGCGGUGGGGGCAAACGUUUCCCAAAAAAGCAGCGAGAAUGGUGAUCUUUUUAACUCGUAUGAUUCUACUAACGUUUGGAGGAAACGGGCGCUUGAAAUAGAAAAAGAUUAUAAGAAGUCGGCAUGCGACCGAGAAAGAACACGAAUGCGAGAUAUGAAUCGUGCCUUCGACUUAUUACGCUCAAAGUUACCUCACUCCAAGCCAUCCGGAAAAAAGUAUUCCAAAAUUGAGUGUUUGAGGUUAGCAAUAAAAUAUAUUCGGCAUUUGAAACGAGAACUGAACUAUCCAACUACGCCAUCACCACAGGUUGCUGAAUUCUACUACGAUGUUCCGAUAUAUACCCAGCCUUCCCCAGUGCCGCCUGCAGUAGCACCAGCAACAAUCCUAAAUAUGGAUUCCAAUAAUAAUUCUCUAAACCAAACGCCGGCUUCUCAGCAGAGUUCACAAUGGUUUAUCACGAGUAACGCCGAUGGCUAUAGCUACUACUAUUUACCGUAGUAGGAAGUAAAACUAUUGUUCCUUCUUUUUGUAAACAACAAUUAAAUGAUUGGUCAAUUGCG